AUGGCGAUGAUGGUGCCUGGCCGUGUGCUGCUGGUGUGUGCCCUCUGCGUGCUGUGGUGUGGUUUGACUGGAGUUUCGGCUGAUGGUGCUGCUGGUGGUCACGUAACUUUGGGUGAAAACGUACUUGAGAUUGUUGGUGGUCAAUCUACCUCUUCUCUUGCAAUUCCUGGUGCCAAAGGAGCUUCAACGGGUGGAGUUCUUGUGGGAGGUGAACAUCCCACUUCUGAUUCUGGUACUCCUGGUGACGUAUCUUUUCUUCCAGGUAGUGAUGAUGGUAGUGUUUCAGAUUCCUCCGAGGAAGAUUCAGCCCUCACGAAGGAUAGCCCCAGAGAAUUAAAGGGUAAGGCACAAUCAGUGUCCCUCGUUGUGUCGCCGCCCAAAGUCAAGGAAAUAGUGUCACCCGAGUCCAAUAAGCAAGGAAUUGUACUCCCUGCACCAGCCGAAUCUGAAAAUCAUAAUGCCGGUGGCGUCGGUGCCAUUUCGAAUAGGGAAAUAAGGGAUAAUGGAGGUCAUGCCAAUGCGUCCUCUAACGACAGCGACCCUGUGUUACCGUCACUGUCCCCAAAAGUACAAUUACCGGCAAUAUCACAGGCACCUGGAAUACCACCACCGCCGUCAUUAGGACAACAAACAUCGACAGUAACAAUAUUACAGGAAGUUGAAACACCAGCAGCACGAUCACGUGAAACGUCAGUAUCAUCAAAAGAAAUAUCACGACAUGCGGAAGAUCCAGCUGAAGGAAAAAAAGGAAUACCACCAGCACCAACACACUCACAGAAUUCAACAGAUGAAAAACACAAAACGUCACUGUUACAAAUCGGAACAGAGUCCGCUGCACCGAAACCGCUUUCACCGGAUGGCGUGCUUGAGCAAAACAGCGAGGGCACAGCCACAAAGGAUGCGAUGAAGACGGAUGUAGAUACCGGUAGCCCAGCGGCAACAUCAGAAUCAUCCAUCUCCACAAGUGAAAUUGUUGCUGUUCAGAAUAAGACGGAUGAGAAAGAUGGCAAUGAACAACAGCCUGAACCCAAAGGACUGCACAAUGACCCCGAUGCCGGAAAUACCAACUUUGCUCCUACAGCCGGUGGUACAGCAGCAGAAACAGUGAAAACGAUCACCGCCCAAAACAAUGCUACAUCUAACUCUGUCGACAGUGACGGCAGCACCGCGGUCUCCCACACCACCUUCCCUCUUUUGCUUCUUCUUGUUGCGUGUGCGGCUGCUGCUGCGGUGGUGGCUGCGUGA